UUGACGUCCUCCACCUCCCACAGGACGACCUCCGUUUGACCCCUUCGUCCAGGAUGGAUCCCGGUCAGGAGAACAUGUACGAGACCCCGGAGCUUUACCAGAACAACCUACCGCCUAUAUACGAUAUGCCCACCGAGGAGGGCUCCUACGUGGAUGCCUCAGCAGAGUACGAGAACACCAGACGGUCCCUUAAGAAGGUAUCUGUCCCCCCUACUCUCCCACCGCCUCGCCCCACCACUGAGGAGAGGCGAGGCAGCUCCUCUUCCUCAUCCUCAUCCUCCUCAUCCUCCUCGUCCUCCUCACAUGGGGAAGAUGGAGACAAGGGGGAGGUGGAGAAACAAGUAGAGAAGAUUGAGGAGAGGCGUAGCAGCAAAGACCUCACCUGGGAGAGCCAGGAGAUGCAGGUGGACGAGAAGAACUCAUCACGCAGGUCAUCGUCCUCUUCGUCCUCUUCAUCCUCUUCAUCGGCGUCUGAGAAGGAACCUGAGGAGAAGCCAGAGAAGGAGAAGGAUGAAAUGAAGAUCACACUUUUUACCAAGGCUGGCCAGGACGGGGAGAGCAUUGGAAACUGUCCUUUCUCUCAGCGCCUCUUCAUGAUCCUCUGGCUGAAAGGAGUCGUUUUUAAUGUCACCACCGUUGACCUCAAGAGGAAACCAGCCGACCUCCACAACCUGGCCCCGGGGACACACCCGCCCUUCCUCACCUUCCAGGGGGAGGUGCUCACCGACGUCAACAAGAUAGAGGAGUACCUGGAGGCCGAGCUGGCGCCACCGAAGUAUCCCAAACUCGCAGCGAAGAACCGUGGGUCCAACAUGGCAGGAAGCGACGUGUUCGCCCGGUUCUCCGCUUAUGUGAAAAACACCAGGCCGGAUAAGAACAGGGACUUAGAGAGGAGUCUGGACAAGGUCCUGGCGAAGCUGGACGAGUAUCUGCUGAGUCCACUUCCUGACGAGGAUGAGACGGGACGCCCCAGCGGCAAAGGGGAAUCAUCUCGCAAAUACGUGGACGGGGACGAGCUGACGCUGGCGGACUGCAACCUGUUGCCCAAGCUCCACGUCGUCAAGGUGGUUGCGAAGAAGUACCGGAACUACGACAUCCCGUCGGAAUUCAGAGGGGUGUGGCGUUACCUCGGCAACGCCUACAGCCGAGACGAGUUCACCAACACGUGCGCUGCUGAUGCGGAAAUCGAGCUCGCCUACAAGGACGUGGCCAAGAGGCUGGGGAAGUGAACGCCUCGCAGGCACACUCACUAUUUUACUUUUUCUCAAACUAAAAUCCUACUUGCGAUGAACAGGAUGUGUAACAGUGAUGCUGGAAUAAGCCUAAAGUGGUGUGAGUCAGUCCAAAGGUCUGAUGCCUCAGUAACUGCUUUAUGGAGGAGGCCUGAUAAUAUUUGAUUGUGGUGAUUAAACUGCUCAAAAAUCGUGUUAAUUUAUAUUUGUUGAGGUAAAAUAUGUAAAUGUGGAACAAGCACUUCAUCCGACCAGUGAUUGCAGUAAUUUUCAGUCACUUUAAAAUGACCUAUGUCUGGUUACAGUUAAUCUGCUAAUUAUACAGGAUGCAUAAAACAGGGGUUGAUCAUUUUCCCUGGAUUAGUUUUCUGUUUCCAGCCAAAGCGAUGUGUCGCCGCCUUCCUUUUCUUAAUGUCUGACAUUAAAUUGAACAUUUUUCUGUCUGCUUUCACUUGUAAAACGAACAAAAA